AUGGAGCCGGUGCCCUCUGCCCGUGCGGAGCUGCAGUUCUCGCUCCUCACCAACGUCUCGGACGCCUUUCCCAGCGCCUUCCCCAGCGCGGGCGCCAAUGCUUCGGGGUCGCCGGGCGCCCGGAGUGCCUCGUCCCUCGCCUUGGCCAUCGCUAUCACCGCGCUCUACUCGGCUGUGUGCGCCGUGGGGCUGCUGGGCAACGUGCUCGUCAUGUUUGGCAUCGUCCGGUACACCAAGCUGAAGACCGCCACCAACAUCUACAUCUUCAAUCUGGCCUUGGCUGAUGCGCUGGCCACCAGCACGCUGCCCUUCCAGAGCGCCAAGUACUUGAUGGAAACAUGGCCGUUUGGAGAGCUGCUGUGUAAGGCUGUGCUCUCCAUUGACUACUACAACAUGUUCACCAGCAUCUUCACACUCACGAUGAUGAGUGUGGACCGCUACAUUGCUGUCUGCCAUCCUGUCAAGGCCCUGGACUUCCGGACGCCGGCCAAGGCCAAGCUGAUCAACAUAUGCAUCUGGGUCUUGGCUUCAGGAGUCGGGGUACCCAUCAUGGUCAUGGCAGUGACCCAGCCCCGGGAUGGUGCAGUGGUAUGCAUGCUGCAGUUCCCCAGCCCCAGCUGGUACUGGGACACUGUGACCAAGAUCUGCGUGUUCCUCUUUGCCUUCGUGGUGCCGAUCCUCAUCAUCACGGUGUGCUAUGGCCUCAUGCUGCUGCGCCUGCGCAGCGUGCGCCUGCUGUCCGGCUCCAAGGAGAAGGACCGCAGCCUGCGGCGCAUCACACGCAUGGUGCUGGUGGUGGUGGGCGCCUUCGUGGUGUGCUGGGCGCCCAUCCACAUCUUCGUCAUCGUCUGGACGCUGGUGGACAUCAAUCGGCGCGACCCACUUGUGGUGGCCGCGCUGCAUCUGUGCAUUGCGCUGGGCUACGCCAACAGCAGCCUCAACCCGGUUCUCUACGCCUUCCUGGACGAGAACUUCAAGCGCUGCUUCCGCCAGAUCUGUCGCACGCCCUGCGGUCGCCAAGAACCUGGCAGCCUCCGCCGUCCCCGCCAGGCCACCGCGCGUGAGCGUGUCACCGCCUGCACUGCCUCCGACGGCCCAGGCGGCGGCGCUGCCGCCUGA